AUGUCUUCAGAUCAGCAGCAUGGUUUCUACACCGCUCGCCGGAAUGGACAACAGGUGGACUUAGCUCUCGAGAAGCGCCUGAUGGUGGUCCUAGUACAGUCACGAUGCCACUACAUUGACCAUGAUGAAGUGCCUGAUGCCGUGUAUAGGGACAUCCUACUGCGGACAGGCUACUGCACUGGAAUACAGGCAGACGCUUUGAUAAGCAAACUACCAGUUGUACUCUUCCACCUCUUCCCUAGUGGUGAGAUCUCCCAACACCCCGUCAACGACGUGGCAAGGGCGGUCUGUCAGGUCUAUCAAGGGGAGGCCAGGGAAUACAACGAAGCAGCAGCAGCAGCAGCGUCGUCGUCUUCCUCGUCUUCGCAGUACUACAAGCCUCCACACGAAGCGGUGUCCCCCGAUAGACCCGAGGCGGACUUCCAACGAGACUCCUCCCCUGAAUGGUCGGGAAGGUCAACAGGCGUGGUCCCCCAGGCCUCUGCUGACCUUAGGGUCUCUCGUACUAGGCAGACCUACUACCCGGACCAUGCCCAGUCCUCUGUCGAAUACAAUAAGCCGUUAACCCAACAUCAACCUCACGAUAGUAGCCAUCGCCCUAUCAUCUCGGGGAGCAAAAUGACCGCUGAGGAAAUUGGAAUGGAAGUUGCGAAGGCCCUGUCGGUUGGCCAACGAGUCUUUCGAGUGAAGGUUGAAUCGAAAGUAGUCCACGACCAUGCCCACGUUAUGACGCCCGGCGACUACUUCGUGGAGGCGCCUCUUCCUGACGGGCAGUCCUCCAGGAGGGGGAUGUGGUCCUGGGGGUUCAAGAUUGGUGAUAGUAGGACGCGGAAGUGGUUCCUCAACGAUGCCUCGACGGUGGAGGAAAUAAUUUGAUUACGAUGGUCACUCGGUGAGA